UUCUUCUUGCUGAACUUUCUCUCCGCUUUCCUUUGCUUCUGGCACUUUCUCCUCCUACGCUUCCCAUUCUCCAAUCCCAGCAAAGCAAGGGCUCGGACAAAAGCAAGAGGAGGAGCGAGAGAUUCUGAUUCACCAGCCUCCAAUCCAGUCCAGUUGCUUCUGCCCCAGUCCAACCCGAGGUUCGGAGCGACCUCAAGAACACCCUCUUCCUGCGACCUCGCCGCGCGCAGUUAUGGCAGCUGAAGCCUAUAAGUACAAAGCAGAGCUACUUGUCAAGGACUACCUGCUACCAGAUUCCUAUGUUCCAUAUGCUGCUGUGCUCGGAGGAAUCCUGAUGUGCAAGUUGGCCUAUGAUUUCACACGCUUUAUCAGUUCGUUUCACUACAAAGGUUAUGCCUCUCUUUCGAAGAUGCAAAAGAUUGAAUGGAACAACAGGGGCAUGUCCACUGUGCAUGCAAUAUUCAUUACGGUAAUGUCCGUAUACCUAGUCUUCUUCUCGGGUUUAUUCUCUGAUCAGCUGGAUGGACCAGUAACAUUUAGAAGUUCAAGCCUCUCCAAUUUUACGUUAGGGGUCUCUAUUGGGUAUUUCAUUACAGACAUUGCCAUGAUAUAUUGGCUUUACCCUUCCCUCGGUGGAAUGGAGUAUGUUAUCCACCACAUGCUGUCACUUACUUCUGCAGUGUACGCUAUGCUUUUUGGGGAAGCACAGGUAUACAUAUACAUGGCUCUCAUCUCGGAGACUACCACACCGGGAAUCAACCUAAGAUGGUUCCUUGAUAUUGCUGGAAUGAAGAACUCGAAAGCUUACCUUGUUAACGGAGUCGCAAUGGUUGUUACUUGGCUGGUUGCAAGGAUAAUUCUGUUCAUGUACUUGUUUUAUCACAUGUUUGUACAUUAUGAUCAGAUUAAGCAGAUGGAUACCUUUGGUUAUGUUCUGGUAUUUACUGCACCCACCGUACUAUUCGUGAUGAAUAUGGCUUGGUUUUCUAAGAUCUUAAGAGGUCUCAAGAAAACAAUGGCCAAGAGGCAUUGAGUAGUGGAAUGUGUAUUCACGGCUUUAAUGUAUAGCCACCAUCUGUAUAUUCACUUACAUCUCUGUAUAGCUUCUGUGUAGUCACCACUGCAACUCAUCCUGGUAAUUUCAGCUUGGCUGUUAAGUUCUAGAUUUAUGUUUGACUACCCAGCUUUUUUAUGGAUGCUAUAUUGAUCUGUAUAUAUGUUUGAUUAGGGUUGCGUCUA